GCCAAUAGCCACUUUCCUUGCUGAGGAGUUGGCAACAGUGGCGGUUAGCUAACGGCAGCUCGGUGGGUGCUCUUCGUGUGAAAUGUCGCUCGUAUCCCGGAAGGUGAAACUUUUUUCAGCCAAGUUAACUUGACUUCCACCUGCAGAAGUGUCUGUGUGAGUGUUAAAAGUCUCCGUGGUGACCGUCGACAGCAGCAGCCCUUGUCCCGUACACUUAGCCGCCAGACCGCUUCACAUGGCGUCAGAGCAGAAUCCACUGGAUCCAUCGGAUCUACAGGUGCAGCCAGAUCCUGGAUACUACAACUCUUACCAGAUUCAUUUUCAGGGUCACGAACCCACUGCUUCUGCUGCUGAGGAGGGAGAGAAGGAAGGACGGAUGAGGACGAUGGCGUCUGAGCUACAGGGAGACGAUGCAGAGUCCUCCGUCUGCCAUCUCUCCCCCCAGCCUUGGAUCAAGCAGCUUGGCCAGGGUGAGAGCAGGCAGUAUAGCAAUGCAGAGCGAAUCCCAGAAUCUGUCUUGGAGCUCCAACCCUCCAUGGCUCUGUUGGGAGCUUAUCCCUAUGGCACAGUGAUGCCUCAGGGGGCCUGCGUGUUGGACUGGCACACAGAUUGCGUUCAGACUGAACCCGUUGCUGCCUCAGGCCUUAACCCUAAUGCUGAGGUAUGGACCAAUCACAUCUUGGACCUGAGCGUCCCUGACUCUGCCUACCAGCAGCUUCAGCAGCCAUUGCUUCAGGUCAGUGACACUCUGACCCAUCAGGGAGGACAUAUGCUAGCAUGCCAGCUGGAAAACAUGAGCCUGAAUGACCCCAGCACACUGGAGUACUGGGCACUGACAGCUGAAGCUCCUGUCAGUAAUGGAGAGUCCUGUGGCCCACCUGUGACAGAUGAGAUCAGACAAAAGCUGAGGACACUAUUGGAGUUCUAUCUGAGCAGGGAGAACCUCGGCAGCGACCUGUACCUCCAGUCUCAGAUGGACAGCAACCAGUACAUCUCCAUCUCAACUCUGACCACCCUCGACAAUAUCAAGAACCUCACCACAGACCUGGGCCUCAUCUCUGAAGUUCUCAGAUCCAUGCCGCUGGUCCAGCUGGCCCCGUGUGGACAGAAAGUCCGGCCCAGGCAGGAUCGGUGUGUUAUAAUCCUGAGGGAGAUUCCUAACACCACACCUCGAGAGGAGGUGGAAGCUCUCUUUCAGGGGGAGAACCUGCCCAAGUUCCAGAGCUGUGAGCCUGUGAGCAACAAUAACUGGUUCAUCACCUUCAAAUCAGAAGCCGAUGCACAAAAGGCCUACAGGUCCCUCAGAGAACAGGUUCAGGUGUUUAAGGGAAUGCCCAUCAUGGUGAGGAUAAAGUCCGAAAUAAUGCCACCCUAUGCUCCAGAAAAUGGCUUCCUGCUCGCCCAGCUGGGCCAGUGCAUUAAGAACUACAGCUCCUACUUCCCCCAGAUCACCUACCAGCAUUUCUGCCCGGCCCACAUGUCCACACAGCAGCUGUACGAUAUCCCCAGUGAGGUGUGGACUUCAGCUGCAUCUGGAUACCAAGACUAUGCCAGACCUCCUGUGUUGAAUUACUUCAUGAACGGCUUUGCAGCAGCUUCCAGCUUCAAACCCCACCCCCCCCGCAGGCAGAGCAGAGGGUCAAGGAGGUCAAACCGUUGGCGGUCCCAGCAGCCAAGGGUUGCUGGGACUGCCGAGCAGCCUUCAGAUCCCUCCUCUUCUGCUAUGAUGCCCGGCCGAGGACGGUUGUGGGUAAACCAGCGCCAUCCGAGCAUGCAGACCACGUGUCCCACUCAGCAGGGAAGGAGAGGGAACUUCCACCAGAGGAGGAGAGGCACCCUGAGGUCCAGGGAGUGGUCCACUCAGAGCAGUCAGAGUCCACAGAGGCAGCUGUCUCACCCUCCUGAGCUCACCCUGUCAAACUCCCCUCCUCUUUCUCCUGCAAGCACUGCCAUUGCAACACUUCCUGCAGCUAACAGCAACACCAAGGAGUUCCAGAAACCGACCUACGCUGAGGUCUGCCAGAGAAGCUUAUCCGACAACUCGAAACCUACCUCCACAAAACUGGACAAUCCACCUAAGAGAAGUGAAAACGCCGAUCAGAUGAAGAGAACACACUUUUAUUUUUAAUGUAAUGAGUGUCUGAAAGAUACGAUUGUUUUCUUGUCCUAAUUGUAAAAACAGGCUGCACGACAAAGAACGAUCUGUUGUGAUAUGUUCUCACAUUGAAGUCUUUAAAUCAACUAAAUCCAGAUCAGGAUCCUGAAUCUGAGGAGUCCCACUGGCUGUUUUUAGACAGGAAGCUGGAAGAAAUCUGCAAAUGUUGAUCUGCUGCUUUAAUUUCUGCUUUAUUUCUUGGUCAGUCGUUCAGGUCAGUUUACAGAGCGCCAGCUUCCAUUUUUGAUAUUGUCUUCUUUUGCUGAUGGCAUUGCCACUUAUUUUCAUCGUGUGUGUGUUUGAUGCUUUCUUGAUUGUACAGGAUGCUUCGCUGUGAUUGUGAAUUUGUUUUAUAGUGUUUAGUUUUUCCCACCACAUAUCUGUGCUGUCUGUGUGCUGCAGACACACAUGCUGCUUUUUCCAUAAAUAUUUCUGCUCAUGUGUUUCAAUUUUCACAGAAAUGUGAGGGUCCAGUGUGUUUAAUGAGACCUGAGUGGGAUCAGAUCUGUGGACUGAUUCAGUGUUUCUAGUCCCGGGAUCAAAAGUAUGUUUAAAAGUGCUGUAUAUUAAUUUACAUUUUUCUUUAGAACAUUUUUAUUUCUGUUAAACCGCUUUAGUGUGUUAAAGCUUUAUUAGCCUCAUGUUUUCAUGUCACAUGAGCUCAGCUGGGCUUCCAGAGAGGCUGGGUGGGUGGUUACUGUGUCUGUAAACCCCAUUUCAGUUUGAACUCUAUGUGAGGAUGUGAACUUGAUUGUAAUGAGGCCGUUGUUCCUUUGUUUGAAUGUAAAGUUUUAAUGUGAAACAGUUUUCAUGGAGAGAGAGGCGGCAUGUUGUGGAAUAUUACUCUGUACAGAUGUAAAUAUUGAACAAAUAUUAAAGAAGUGCCUUCGAAGUUAAA